GCUGCAAGUUUACCGCUCAAAAGAAAAGAAGAGUAGCUAGGGCAAGCUUGUCCAAGGCACCGCGAGCGAGCGUCACCAUUUUCACUGUGAAGCAGACAGACAGACAGAGAGAAUGGCGAGCGACGCAGACAUGACCAGCUGGACUGAUCUUCUCCAUUCCUCAUCCAAGCUCCUUGAUCAAGCCGCCCCCUCCGUCCAGUUCCCUCCUCUUCAGAGGAACUUAGACCAAUUAGAGGCGUUGUCGAAGAAGCUUAAGGCCAAAACCCUCAGAACUGAAGCUCCUACCCAGACUAUCGCUGCAACUAGGUUACUAGCACGAGAAGGAAUAAAUGCUGAGCAACUUGCUCGUGACCUUAAAUCGUUUGAACUCAAGACAACAUUUGAGGAUGUAUUCCCUGCCGAGGCAACAAGUGUUGAAGAGUAUCUUCAACAGGUACACGAGAUGGCAACCAUGUCAGCAAUUCAGGAAGCUCAAAAGGACAAUCUUAGAAGCUUUAGUGAUUUUAUGAUGACCAAAAUGCAGGAGGAUUGGCAGAGGGAAAGACGGGAUUUCCUUCAGAGCCUGAGUAGAAUAUCUACAUUACCCAGGAUCAAUAUGGGUGAUUCUAGUGCUGGAGGAUCCCAUACACGGCAAAUAUUGUCUUUAACGUCAAGUCAGGUUUCUUCUGUACCACCAAGUUUAGAGUUUGCACCCCUGUCUGGUAGACCUAUUGUUGACAAAAAGGCCGCUGCUUAUGCUGAGGUUGUCAAGAAACUUAACUAUGCAAGAGAGCGGGGUUUACCAUUUAAACCUGCAGCAGCAUUCAGAAAUGCACACGAGGGUUUAAAUACUGAUGCAUCUGGUGGGAAAUCAGUGAACAUGCAGAAAAUAUGGCACCUGAUUCAGAUGAUGAUGAACGAGGACUCAACACCUCAAAGGAAUUUCUCCAAGAAACAUUCUUUGGUGAUUGGAGCAAGACGCCAUCUCGAGUAUGGACACGAGAAAUAUGUUAUAGAUACAAUACAAAAUCAUCCAGCUCAGGCUGCACUGGGUGGGUCAGUUGGGAAUCUGCAAAGGAUACACGCAUUUCUCCGGAUACGAUUGACAGAUUAUGGAGUUCUAGAUUUUGAUGCUGGGGAUGCUUACAGGCAACCUCCUAUUGACACUACAUGGCAGCAGAUAUAUUUUUGCUUGAGAACUGGGUAUUAUGUUGAAGCUACAAAAGUUGCAUCGGAAUCUCGUGUUUCACACUACUUUGUUCCCCAGCUUACUGAAUGGAUCAGCACUGGAGGAACGGUAUCAGCUGAGACUGCAGCUAGUGCUUCUGAAGAAUGUGAAAAAAUGCUAAGAUUAAGUGACCGAACUGGUAGAUUUUCUUUUGACAAGAAAAAACUAGUUUUAUAUGCUAUGGUGUCAGGAUCUCGGAGGCACAUUGACCGUAUUCUCAGAGAACAUCCAACACUUUUUAGAACCAUUGAAGAUUUCUUGUGGUUCAAGUUGUGUGCUAUAAGAGACAGUCCGUCAGGGACCAGUUCUAUUGUCCUCAAGGAAGGCUAUUCACCUUAUACUUUGGAUGACUUACAGACUUACCUGAACAAGUUUGAGCCAUCCUACUAUACGAAGAAUGGAAAGGAUCCAUUGGUAUACCCUUAUGUUUUGCUCCUGAGCAUCCAGCUGCUACCAGCACUCCUGUAUUUGUCUAAGGAUUUGGGAGAUGAAGGCUAUAAUAUUGAUGCUGUGCAUAUUUCCAUAGUGAUGGAAGACCACAGUAUACUCUCUGUAGGUAAUACUAUAUCAGGGCAGAAAUCGGGUGUGAUGGAUGCUUUUGCUGAAGUGUCUAGCAUAAUACGGCAAUAUGGUUCGCUGUAUAUUCGACAAGGUAAUCUUCUUCUGGCACUAGAGUACUAUGCACAAGCAGCUGCUGCGGUGGGUGGUGGACAGCUGUCUUGGAGUGGGAGAGGUAAUGUGGAUCAACAGAGACAGAGAAUCUCUAUGCUGAAGCAGUUACUUAUGGAGGUCUUGUUGCGGGAUGGGGGCAUCCAUCUUUUGCUUGGUCCAAGAGGUGCUGGAGAAGAAGGUGAGUUAGGUAGGUUCUUGACUGAUGUAGAUGCAAGACAACAGUUUUUGCUUGAAGCUGCUCGUCAGUGUCAGGAAGCUGGGCUUUAUGAUCAAGCUAUAGAAGUUCUGAGAAGAGUGGGUGCAUUUGCUAUGGCACUGGAAAUCAUAAAUAAGUGCCUGUCUGAAGCAAUUUGCGCUUUAUCGCGUGGUAGGUUAGAUGGUGAAAGCAGGACUGCCGCCCUUAUUAAUGCUGGGAAUGAAAUUUCCGAGGCAUACCAAUAUUAUCCAGGAAUCAGUCUUCAAGAAAGAGAACACGUGUUAGAGCAGCAAACUGUGUCAAGACAGCUUGAGGCAAUAUUGUCUAUUCAUAAACUUGCAAGAGCAGGUUCCUAUGUUGAUGCCUUGAGAGAGGUAGCCAAGAUUCCUUUUCUACCCUUGGAUCCUCGUUCGCCUGAUAUCGCAAGCAGUGUUUUCCAUAAGCUAUCUCCCAAUGUCCAAGCUUGUGUGCCUGACCUUCUCAAGGUCGGUCUCAACUGCUUGGACAAUGUUGCUGACACUGAUGGCUCACUCCGUGCAAUGAGGGCCAAGAUUGCGAGUUUUCUGGCAAACAAUAUGAACAGAAACUGGCCUCAAGAACUGUAUGAAAGAGUUUCUCGGAGCUUGUGAGUAUCAAAUACUGUUUCUGUCUAAGAUAAGAUGAAGAAGAAGAUGGGGGUAUUGUUGAAGAGCAGAAGAAGGAUUGUUUUAAGCUAAUUGCUAUUAUUAUUAUUAUUAAAUGUAUGCAGUUUGUUAAUAUUGGACUUGUUUGAGAGGAGGCAAGUUUUGUUGGGAUAUAAGAUAGUUUUUAAUUUUGAGAAACAAUACAAUGAAUGAUCUACUACAGAUAAUCCAAUUCUUCUGAAUGGUGUGUUCCUUCUUUGAAGUAAUAACUAAUAAUUUUGCAGUUAGUUUUUUGAGAAGUGA